UUGGAUUUUUUUAUUUAGUUUUACAAAUUAUUUUUUACAGCAAUGCACCUAUUUUCUUGCUGCAGUCGAAUUUGGAGCCAUAGAAAUCGAAUAACCGAGCUCAUCACCAGUACUUGAAAGCAGCAUCAGACACCACCAAAACACAAAUGUCCUUCCCUCCCGGCAUUUUUCACGCGUGCCGUUGCCAUGGAGCUGAGUUUGUUUCUUUUCUCCGGCUCACACAAAGUGAAAGGUUGUGCUUUAAAACAAAGUAAGGACUUUUUGGACAAACUUGGCAAAAGUGUGAGUGUCGUCGCCGUCCAGACGUGCUGCGUACGAGAACAACAAAGUGCAAAAGGACUUUUAAAGUUUUUCACCAGCCACGCAGCCCAUCUAAGCCCAUAAUGAGUGGCAGAGUGGCAAGGGGCCGUCUGCAGGUGCUCCAGAUCUACCGCCUGCUGCAGUACGUCCAUGAAGGGGAUAAAGUGCAGAUAGAGAAGAUGGUCAAACUGGGGCUGGAAAACCUCAUCAAUCUCACUGAGCCACAAGAUGGCACAGGGGUGCUUCAUGUGGCAGUGUCAGCCAACAAUCAGGAUUUGGUCAGCUUCCUCCUCUCCCAGGGAGCACACCCCAACGUCCAGGACAACAACGGCCGCACCCCGGUCAUGUUAGCCGCCGAGCUGGGCAAUGAUGCCAUAGUGGCACUGCUGGUCCAGAGCAAUGCUAACCUCAGGCUUAAAGACAGCGAGGGCAAAGGUGUGCUAUUCUACUGUAUCUACCCCACCAAGCGCCACACCCGCUGCCUGCAGGUUGCACUCAAGUGCCAAGUAGACGUCAACGAUGUGUCAGCGCAGGGGACACAUGUCUUCCAGUUGAUGUGUGAAAAAGCCCAGGAGUGCACCCCCAUGUGUCUCAUCAUGCUGGGGGAAGGGGCAGACCCCAAUGCAACAAAUCAGAAAACCGGCGUCACAGCGUUAAUGGAGGCAGCUAAGGCAGGCUCCCUGCAGCUUGUCAGAGCCAUUCUAAAGAGAGGGGGAAACCCCAACGCCCUAGACCGAAAGCGCCUAACAGCUGUACACUAUGCAGCCAUGGGGGGCUUUUUUGAGUUGAUUCAGGUGCUGUCUGCAUACGCAGCAGACAUGGGCAUGGCUAACCUAGAGGACUGCACAGCCCUCCACUAUGCUGCUGCCCUGGGGAAUGCUAACUGCUGCAAGUUCCUGGCACAGAGAGGUUGUAACCCCAAACUGAAGAACCAGGAAGGUUUGCUGCCACGUCAGAUCGCCAAGGACGCUGGUCACAAAGCGGCUGUCAAGGAGCUUAAGAAGGCCGAGCGGCAGCAGGGAAAGGGCAACAAGCCCAACGGCAGCGAGUGCCCCACGUCAGAUCUCUGGGCCCUGACCCUCCACGACUGGUCAUACGAGCACGAGACUACACUACGACAAGCCUUGGGGAACCAAUCAGAAAUUGUCACCACCCAGAUGUUUAUUUCAGUGUUGGAAGAAUUGAAAGCUCCGGUGGAACUAGACCAGCUCCAUGCAGUCAUCGCAGCCCAUGACAAGGACAAAAAGGGAUGCAUCAAUGUUAGUGAUUUCCUCAAAGGUGUCAAGUACAUCAAGAAACCAUUUCUCCUCUCCACGUAUAUGCCUAAAAAGAAAAAGGGAGAAAAGGGUGGAAAAGGAGGUAAGAAGAAGGGUAAAUUUGUCCUCACCUUGCCCAUUUGCACCCUGCCGCCGGAGCGUAUGGCCCGGCGGCCAGACGGAGGCCCGCCCAAAUACAUGAUCGAGACAUACUACAACUGCUCCGACGUCCGCCGAUUCGACCGCAGUCACCCGCUAGAGCAUCCCAUAAUGAAUGACUCAGGGUGGUACAUAGAAAAGCCAGAUAAGGUCUACGUCAGCAUCAACUACUGUGUGAAAAGUGGAGACCUGGAGUCUCUGGAGCUCGCUCUCGACCAUGGGGUUCCUGUGGACGUUCAGGACGAGUUCUACAAGACGCCGCUGAUGGUGGCCUGCUCCAGCGGCAACUACGAGGUGGCUCAGUAUCUCCUCACUCGGGGGGCGGAUGUAAAUGUGUGUGACCAGUUCUUCUGGACGCCCCUCCACCACGCGGCUCACGCUGGCCAAGUGGAGAUUAUUGAACUUCUGGUGGAGGCUGGGGCCAAAAUAGAUGCCCGGGCCCUCAGUGGAGGCACGCCCCUCAUGAGGGCCAUCGAGAGCUCUCGACCCUCCUGUGUGGACUUCCUCAUCAAGGCGGGUGCCAGUGUCAACGCCGAAAACAAAAAAGAACAAAACUGCCUCGACAUCGCCAGAGCUUUUGCAGACUCCAGGAUAAUUGACUUGGUCAAAGACAAGAUGGAUUCUCUGCCUAAACAAAAGGACGCAGCGAAGGGAAAGGGGGGCAAAGCUCCAAAGCCUAAACCGGCUAAGAGCGUUGCUGCAGAAGGUGCAGCGCUCACAGAGAUCACAUCGACUAUAGCAGCAGGGAAGACCCCUCCUCAGAAGGAUUCAAAGAGUGUCAUCCUGCAAAACACCCGGAUCACUACGGGGGAAACCAACGUGGUGGAUAUCACCGUUGUGCCAAAAACGGUUUGGGGGAAGCAGCCCACCACCAGCCAGCUGAUGUCAAAGAUAGAGAGACGCAAAGAGCUCCUAUCCCUCGAGGUGGACUUUGACGACUUCAUGAUGCCUUUCAGCCAGAACAUCCAGAGGAAAACGCAGGAGCUGGCGAAAACCACAAACUAGACCGAAAGGACACAGUUACAGUAGGCAGCAAGAGACACUCACACAUUUUGGAGUACUAUAUUGCGUUCCAUUUGUCCUCGGAGGACGGAAUUUCCGACGUCAAAGUCGGAAACGCCCCCUUGAACUCAGAUUUCCGAGUUGGGAAGUCGGGCAAACUCGCAGUACCCCAAGCUCAAAAUCCAACAUGGCUUCCCCCUGCAUCAACAGUAGUGAAAUACAGUUAUUAGAACUUAUGUGUUAUUUGUGUCUCACUAAAUACGUACAAACAGUCCUGUCCAACUUCUACCUGUGGACGGAUGUUGGUAGGCUGUUUGUAUCCACAAAAAAACACAGCGUAAUGCUUGGUAUCAACUGGUAUUGCUAACAAUGGCUAAUCUGGCUAGAGCUUAACCCACAAUAAAACAAUCUGACUUGUAGUCAGUUAAGUUCCGAGGUAAAUGGAACGCACCAAUAUGCUUCAUCCCAAAUUCCAUACUAACAUGCUAUUCAGUAGGCUGAAACAGAAUGUGAGAUUUUUUUAGUAUGUCCGAAACCUUAGUAUGAAAGUAAGCAAAUUGCAUACUAUAUCCGGUCAAAUAUUACAGUAUGCAAUACUGGAAACUACGCUGGCAAAAGUAUCCCACAAUGCAGUGCAGUAGUAAUGACAACGACUUAAACAGACAAACGGACAGCAACCAAGCUCUAAAAUGCCAAUAACGCUCUGAUUUACAUUUAUACUUAUUUAAACGAGUGUUGGUCUAGUUGUUUACCUUUUUCAGUAAUUGAUGCCGCUAGAGUGGUCAGCAGGGGUUACCAUGAUUACGGCAAUGAGGCUCUCGGGAAGUGAAAUUUCAGCUUUAGUGCGUCCGAAAACAUACACACUACUGUUUAUUUCCUCAAAAGUGUGUUGAACUAUAGUGUACAUAUUGAGUAUGUAGUGCAGAGUAUGCGAUUUCGGACGCAACCGUAGUUCAUCAGACAACUCACUUUUGAAAUGUUUAUUAUAACAGCAGAACGUUGUAUUUGGCGGCCAGAGUCUGACCUCCUCAUUCCCUGCAGUUUGGCUUUACAGGAGAUAUUGGGGAGUGAUGAUAAAGUCCUGAUACGGAGAGUGAGGCAUGUCACGUGUGUGUGUACAGCGGUGCAGCUCGAGUUAUUACAACUACUUUAAUCAACCAAGUUGGACAUCAUGUUGCUAAACCUCUCAUUUUUAAUCUUGUCAUUUAGUAUCAGAACAAUGUCAAUACAUAGUCAGGAAUUGUUAGGACAGUACAUGUAUGAUUUCAUCACGCUAACUUACCAAAGGUAAGCAAACUGCUUUUAUUAAUAAUCAAAUGUCAUGCCAAGAAAUCUUCUCACUUAAAAAUAAAGUUUUUGUUAGGUGUACACCAUCCAGUACUGUAUAUUCAUAAUGCUAAGCAGGUUUGUAUAUCUUGGCAAUUGUCAAACAAAAAAUCUAACAUGUUAUGUUUUGUCAAUACACUGAAACAUGCACUGAAUACAACUUUUUUUGUACAUGAAUACAGAAUUUGUGGCUACUGUACUUACUCUGCUUUCAGCUUGGUCAAACUGAGAGCCAUUUUGCUGUCUAUAAGGACAGUUGUUUAAGUUAAUUGUAAAACAACACACAGUUGUCCAUAUGAGCUUUGAAACAGGCAUUUCAUACUGUAAUAAUUCCUCCUGUUCAUACUGGCCAUUAAGAGGGAAUUAUGAACUGAAAAAGACAAUUUUGUGUGGGUAACGUGUACAUUUACUGUAUUUUGUACUCUUUAGUUUCAUAGCAUAAGAGCUGUAAAUGAGACAAAUGUUUUAUUCAUUUUAUGUUAUUGGAGUACAAACAUAUUUCACAAAAAUGUUUCAAUUCAGGUGACGUCACUAGGUAAAUACUUCCUUUCUCUGGCUUAAAAUCCAUACAGAUUUUCCAUGAUAUGGCCAUAAAGUUGGCAUUACAUUUCAUCCAAGGUGGGAUUAUGAAAAGGAC